AUGUAAUGCAUUGAAGAUUUACAAUCAGAUUCUCAUAAAACAACUGAAUUCAAUAAAGCUAUGAUCAUAGAAGAAGGAAGGUAGAAAUUAUUAGAAUCUUUAGAAUAUCUAAUUAAAAUCAACACCUAAAAGGUAGAAUCGUUAUAAAUUGAAAUAAUUUCUUUGAAGUCUAGUCUUAUAUAAAAAUUAGAUCAAAUACUUGAUAUAACUAAGGAUUGGAUAUCAAAUUAAUAAAAAUAAAACAUUGCAUAAAGUUUCUUAAAAGAGAUAGAUCUAAUAAUAAAGAAUUAAUAAUUUCAAGAUGAUCAUAUUAUAUUAGGGAAUUCCAUUAUUUUUUUGAAUAAAGGUUGGAUACAUAAAAUUACUAAAAAUUUGGAACUAUUCAAAACAUUUUCAGAAUACCAAAAUUGUAAUCAAAUUUUAAGUAAUCUGGGUGGAUUGCAAUCUUAAUAAAGCACAUUUUAAUUAGAAUUUAUUGAUGAUUCUAUCUAAUAAAAAGAAGCAUGCAGAGCAAUAGUAUUCGAUCCAAAAGGAAAGAAAAUGGUAUCAACAAGUGGAAAGGAGAUUAAAAUCUGGAAUUUUGAGAAUGGAAAAAUCAAAUUGGUUCAAUCACUUUAAGAACAUGAAGAACUUGUUAAUUGUUUAGUUUUUAGCUAAAAACAAGAUUAUUUUAUUUCUGGAUCUUCUGAUAAAUCUAUUAGAUUGUGGAAAUAAUCGAAUAACAAGUGGUAAAGUUCUAAAAAAUAUAAUGAUCAUAAAGGAAUGAUUUAAUGUUUAAUUUUAACAUAAAAAGAAGACUAAUUAAUAUCAUGUUGUAAAGAAAAAUUAAUUAAAAUUUGGAUUGUAGAUUUUAGUAGUGAUCAAUUGAAACCUCAAUAUUCUUUAGAGAAACAUAAUGGUAUUGUAUAUUCUUUAAGUUUAAAUGAAUCAGAGUCAGUUUUGGUUUCGUGUGGAUCUGAUUCAAUUAUUAUGUGGGAUAAAGGGAAAAAUAAUAAAUGGAAGUUUUUUCAGGUUUUUAAGCAAACACAAUAAGAAAUUGGAUGUCAUGUUAAGUUUUUAAAGGAAGAUCAAUUCAUUUGGUUACCAGAGAGAAGUAAUCAUUUAUGUGUAUUUGAAUAAUACAAAGAUGGUGAAUUUCAAGAGAAUUAAAAGAAGAGGGUUUGCUUUUCAAAAACUUCAGGUUAUUUGAAUGAGUUUAACUUCCCAAUUAUUUAUAAUAAAGAUUAAAAUCUUAUAUUUUUGAGACACAAAAUGCAUAUUUGCAUACUAAAAGUGCAGAAUGAUGGAUAUUUAUCUAUAGUUUAAGAAUUUGAUUGUAAACAUUGGUGUAUAUAUGGAACAAUAACAAACAAUGGAUAAUAUUUAACAUUUUGGGGAGGAGGAAAAAAUAAUUAUGAAACUUAUAAAAUAUAAAGGUAAUGA